GACUUCCGCAACCAUCAGCUCAUUCUCAUGUGUUUGAAAGAUAUUCUUCUGUAUUUCUAUGGAUGCAGGACAAAAGACACAUCUUGAGAUGCAACAAGGGACGGUGCAACUGACAAUCCUUUUAUUUUUAAAACCAAUUGGAGACCCUGGGACUCUGCGUCAUCUCAUUGGUUCAUGUCACUGCAGUGUGCCUCCCCUCACGCCGCCGCACAGCAAAGCCAUCAGUCUGCUGCUGCUGCUGUACCGGGUUGGAGGGGGUGGGGGAAGAGGCUCUCCUCACCGCGGAUCUCCCUCUCCUCGGUUCUCCUCUGCACCGGACCGGACUCGAACCCCCAUCGUACCCACCCUCCUCUAGCCCAGCUUUUUGUCGGUCAUUGAGGUGUUUUUCGGGUGCAGCAGAGGCAGCAGCUGAAAAGGAGGCGGCGGCGGCGGAGGGGGAGGAGGAGGAGGAGGAGACGGGGGAGAUUUCUGUGCUACUGUUUGGUCCUCAAGGGGAGGAGCCAGUUGUUGAUUCUACGCUGCAAAGAGAAGGCGCCGCACACAGAGUGAAAGGGACUGCUAUCAGCGAAGAAGAGGCCUAAAAUGAUGAGAGAGUGCUGGCCAGUUCAGGACUAGCUCAGACUGAGAGGGAACUGCAGUGGAGGUGGAGGAGAGAAAGAAAACCGAAGAGACAAAGUAAACCACAUGACCAGACCUCGGAGAGGCUCCAAGUUAGUGAUGUUCCCCUCGGGCAGGGAUUACCUCCUCCCUGUUGUCAUCCUCUCCAUCUCUCCUGCUCUUCCUCCUUCAUACAGUGGAGCAGCCGUCCAGCUCCGAGACUCUGAGCUGUGAGAGCCCGCAGUGCUCACCCGCCCACCCAGACACACACACACAUACACGCACUUGUGCCAACACACACACACCAUCUCACACACGUACUCGCUCUUGCGCUCACGCACGCACAGUUGCACCCCGCUCAUGGUCGGUUGGCCUGCCCUCCUCAGCUGCUGCUCCUGCUCUAGUCCCAGACCAUGAAGAGGCCCAAGCAGCAGACGGGGCCGCUGAGUUUCCUCAACUUCUUCAGCAGAAAGCCCAAAUCAGAGCCGCGGCCCGAGAAGCCCGUGGAAGCCUGGCCCAAAGAGGAGGUGGCCAUCACCCUGACCCCCAGCGAGCAUCCAGAGCAGGACAUCAGCAUCACAGCAGAAGAGGCUGGAGAAUCAAGAGUUUCUGGAGCAGAAAGAGGAGAAGGAGGAGGUCCACCAGCAGCGGCUGAGGCGGGCGAGGACGGUGCCGCCACGGCCGAGUGUGUGGGCGGGGGCAGCAGUGGCUCCACGGGCGUCCUAUCCCUCUCCUCCUCCAGCCAGGAGCAGCUAUUGGAUGAGCACCUGGAGGAGUGCCCACUGUGCCUGCUCAGUCAACCACGUUGCCACUUCCCGCGACUCACCUCCUGCUCUCACCGAGCGUGCUCCGACUGCCUCCGCCAGUACCUGCGCAUUGAGAUAUCUGAGAGCAGGGUGGGCAUCGCGUGCCCGCAGUGCCCCGAGACGUUGGCGCCGCUGGACGUCCGGGCCAUCCUGGAUGACCGGGCGCUGCUGGAGCGGUUUGAGGAGUACCAGCUGAGGCGUUUUCUAGCUGCUGAUCCAGACACACGCUGGUGCCCAGCGCCUGACUGCAGCUAUGCAGUGAUAGCUUAUGGCUGUGCGGAGUGUCCCAAGCUGAGCUGUGGCCGCGAGGGAUGCGACACAGAGUUCUGCUACCACUGCCGGCAGCUGUGGCACCCCAACCAGACGUGUGACCAGGCCCGGCGUCAGCGAGCCCGCCACACCUCGGGUGGCAAUGAUGCCUCCACGCUAUACGUCUUCAAUGAAGAACCUGGAGGAGAUGCAGAGGAGAUCAAAGCGUGCCCUCGCUGUGGUGCCUACAUCAUGAAGACCAAUGAUGGCAGCUGUAACCGUAUGAACUGCACUGUGUGUGCCUGUCAGUUCUGCUGGCUUUGUAUGCAGGAGAUCACCGAUGUGCACUACCUCAGUCCCUCAGGAUGUACAUUCUGGGGGAAGAAGCCAUGGUCGCAAACCCGCAAGGUACUGUGGCAGGUGGGCAUGUUGCUCGGAGCACCAGUGGUCAUCUCCCUUAUAGCGGGCAUUGCCAUCCCAGUCAUCAUUGUGGGCAUACCAAUCUACAUGGGCCGAAAGGUCCAUGGUCGCUGUAAGAAAAACAAUAUCUCAGGAAGCAAGCACUACUUGACUGUGGCGAGUGGGGUGAUGAUGUCCGUCUUUGUGUCGCCGGUCAUAGCAGCUGUCACUGUGGGUGUGGGUGUACCGCUAAUGCUGACUUAUGUCUAUGGGGUGGUCCCCAUGUCACUCUGUAGGAAUGGGUGGUGUCGACCACAGAGUGAACCCCCUGAAACACACAAAAUCCAACUGGAGGACUUAGCCAGCUUCAGUGACCACUGGACGGGUCAGAACAACCCAACGCUCAGCGACACCAGCGUCCAGGAAGUCAGAGUCAGUGUACAGGAAGUGGGUGUCCUCCCAAGUACGAGCACCUCGCCCCCAGACCUAGAUAGCUAUGCGGGAUUGGACGAAGCUGCAAAACGCCAUGAAUAUACCGAGCAGGACAGCCCAUCAGACUGCGAGGUGGUUAUUGUGCCUGACAGCAAGCUCGACGACACACAAGCGCUUCCUCUGAGGGAAGGAACCAAUAUUGAGGUUCGUGUGGAAAUUGAGACCCACCCCAGAGGCGCCCGCCAGUCCAGCCUAAGUAGCAUCCUGUCUAGCAGAAGCUUGUCAGCAGAGUCUCUGGGACACCCGCAGUCCCAGUCCCAAGACUACCUGUGUGCCUCAGAACUGGAAGAAAGACGAGAGGGGGGAGGAGGGAAAGGAGAGGAGCAGGAGGGAAGAGAGAAACCAGGAGGGGAGGUGGCAGGAAGAGAUGAAGGGACAGGUUUCCCAGUAUUUGACAUAGAUGGUGUAUGAGGUCCUCCUGGUGCAGGCUUUGCACUUGGUUGAAGAUUUUAGUCAGGUUUAUUGGAAAAUAAACAAAUCCACGAGCUGACGUGUCACUGGACUGACCUGAAAAUCGUUGGCCAAGGCCGCCUCCUGCUUCCAAGACGGGCCCUCCCACCAGAUGCCUUCUAGCUCCAGCCUCUAAAGGAAGAUGCGGGUUUAGAGAGAGAGCAAAUGAGAAAAGAUGAGAGCGUGUGAGUGUGUGUGUAUGAGACAAAGCAUGAGACCAUGACAUGACAACUGGAGGGGGAAUAAACUGUAAAGCAGACGGGAUAGCACCCAUCAGUGAAUCUAAAACAGAAGUGACUGAGAGCAUGUUAGCCAACUAGUUCAGUCUGUUUUUUUCCCUCUGUGGUCCUUUCUGAAAAAAACUACCUUACUCCCCCUCUAUUAUAAAUCUAUUUCAUGAAGCCCUCUCUUCGUCUGGCUGUACUCUUAUACUCCUUUUAGUGACCUCACCUCCCUCCUCCCUCUCCCUUUACAAAUAAAGAAACCCUUACAAGCAUGAUUUGUUUUAUGGGGGGGGGGGGUUAAGAAUCUAACAACUGUCUUUGUCAGUGAGUAAAUAUCAAACACUUCCCAAGCCAUGCUGCAAGACAGUCAGAUGAUUUCUUUUUUCUACCUUAAAGAAUUUGUCCAGAACUUAAGGAUGCAGUGUUCACACUCGAAUUGGGCUAUUUUAAACAGACGACGCAUGCUGCACUGUUCGAUUCCUCCCCUGUGAAAGAAGUCCAGCUGGAAAAUGACAUCUGGAAACUGCUCAAGCCUGUAACUGUUCUCUUACUGGAUUCAGAGAUGCUCUGUGACAUUAUGGCGGUGAUUGUUUGAAUUGAAUUGAUUGGAGGGCUUAUAAAUACCAUGAAUUAUAACUAUUAAUCACAGAUCCACAGUCUUCCAUGGAAGCAGAUAAGGGGCAAUGUCACGUUUUCAUUGUGUUAGUGCAGCUUUGUAGCCUUUAAGGGGCUAUUUCCCUCUAAACCAUAGAGGGAGACAUUGCUUUAGAUUGUAAAAAUGCUCAUUCUAAUGCAGAUACUAAACUUGCAUUAGAGACAACAACAUGGCAGCAACACUGCACUUGGAAGUGUCUCAACUUUAAAAAUAGCUGCAUGAUUAUACUACUUGCUGUGUAACCAGGAUAACACAUAUACGCACACACACAAGCAAGACGUACAUGUUCACAUACACAGUCACACACACAUAUGUCCACACACACACACACACACACACAUACACACAGCAGUCAGUGUAGCUGCAGUGAUGUGCACUGCUGAGGACAUUAAAUAUAAACUAAUAAACUAAAGGCCCUCUCAAAUGAUCACAGAGCACCAAAUUUAAAACAGCAGCAUGCCACCUCAGGCUAAACUGUAAUAACCCCUUCUAGAUGAUUUAUGAGAAAUACAUGACUAUACAUGCACUGCUUAGCUUCCUGAGUGUGAAAUACUUGUGAGAGAUGAACUCAGAUGUGACAUGAUAACCUGUGCUGGGUUGUGGAGAGAAAUGGAAUAAAGAUUUCACCAUGAAGGACAAAAA